AUGCUACAAUCACGGCCCAAACCCCCUUCAUCUCCAGCUAUCAUUCGGAUCACCAGAAUCGGGGCUCUUCGCCGAAACUGUGGCUUGGUUCAAGCGCAGGAUACAGGAUUUAUCAAGCUUAACCGACGUCCUGGAACAACUGGUCUGCCCUACGAGCAGGUGACUUUCCCCGUGUUGGACGUCAAAACCCCCGAAUAUGUGGCUAUCAAUCCCAACGGUCGAUUACCUGCCCUGUACGAUCCCAACAUCGACCUGACUCUAUGGGAAUCGGGCACCAUUGUCGAGUAUCUCAUGCAGCGCUACUAUAAGGAACACCCACUGAGCUUCCCUCAGGGAUCGAACAAGGCGUCCAUCACACAACGAUGGCUGUUCUUCCAAACCAGCGGACAAACCCCGUACUUUGGACAGGCGUUGUGGUUCAAGAAAUUCCACCCGGAACGCAUCCCCAGUGCCCUAGCCCGCUAG